CGCGGCGCGGCCCCGGGCGCGCCGUGUCACCGCGGCGAUGCCGGGCAGGAAGUCUUCCAAGGAGAAGAAGCGGCGCCGCUCGCGAUCCUGCUGCCCGGAGGGAGCCCCGGGGCCGGACGGCAGCGACAGGAAGCGGCGGAGCACCGAGUCCACCCACGAUGCCCUGGAGGAAGCAAAAUGCAAUGUACCAUCUGGAGAAAAAGUGGAAGAACCUGAACAACCCAGUGAUGUAGAAGAAGGAGGAUUAGAUCUCACAGUGUCACUCAAACCUGUCAGUUUCUACAUUGCGGACAAAAAGGAAAUGCUUCAACAGUGUUUCUGUGUCAUAGGGGAGAAGAAACUACAGAGGAUGCUGCCUGAUACUUUAAAGAACUGUUCCAUGGAUGAAAUCAAAAGACUUUGCAUGGAGCAGUUGGAGCUGUUAUCUGAAAAAAACCUGUUGAAGAUACUUGAAGGCAGGAUGGGAGCUGAUUCUGAUACUGACGAGGAGACAAAUGGAGGAGACAAGACUGGAGAUGAUUCAGUCAGUCAACAGGACAACAGUAUAGACUCAACUUCUUCUCUGAGAGAAGACAGCAAACUGGAAGGUCAGGAAUCAAAACAAGGCAAGGGAGAAGAUAGUGAUGUCCUCAGCAUAAAUGCAGAUGCAUAUGAUAGUGACAUAGAAGGCCCAUGCAAUGAAGAAGAUGGCCCAGAUGUGCAAGAAAACACUGUCAGGAGUGGAGCUGGUCAGAUAGAUGACCUUCAGAAGGACAUUGAGAAAAGUGUGAAUGAGAUACUGGGGUUGGCAGAGUCCAGCCCAAAGGAACCCAAAGCGUCCACCUUAGCUGUUCCUCCAUCAGAAGAUGUUCAACCAUCAGCACAACAGCUGGAGCUUCUGGAGCUUGAGAUGAGGGCCAGAGCUAUUAAGGCCCUGAUGAAAGCUGGUGAUGUAAAAAAACAGCCCUGAGAUUGCUUAGGUUUAAUUUUCAGUAUUUGUUUUGAAGAAGAUGACAUCUGUUCUCUUCAGUGCUAUCGUGUAUUUGGGUUGAGUAUGACAUUCCUCAUUCAGACUGUAUUGUGUAUCCUGACCUGUGAUCCAUCAGUUUUGUUGCCUUUAGUGUGCUGCUUCCAUGCCAUGCACAAGCAGAGGUUGGUGCUUCCCUGAGAUGAGGUGUCCUUUUGCUGGCUCAUUUCCUCAAGGAGUCACACAACGUAUGCCAGGAACCCGGUGCCUUCCAGAAAGGUUGUUGUAUCGACCUGGAGUCAUAGAAUGCUUAGGUUUGGAAGGGAUAUGAGACUGCUUGUUUCUUCUUGGGGCCCAUCUUGUCAUAACGUUGGUAUUCUAGUUGAGUGAUAAUUCAUUUAAAAGAAUACGUAAUUUCUUGAAAUUUGAAUUCCUAAAGGGAAGGAUUUUUACCUUUCAAAUAAAUAGUUGAACAUGUUAUUUUCAGAGUUAUGAAAGUGCCUGAAAGAGACAGAGCCCGUCAUGCAGUUUUGUCACUCUUGUCCACUGUUUAUCUUCUGUGUUGUAACUAAAAUAAAGAAAACAGGGUUUUUUCCUGACUGUAAAGCUUUUUUUUGGAAUAUUUGGCAUAAUAUUUAGCAAUCAAACAAUUGAGAAGACCUUGAGCUUUUAACAUUCAACUGAUGUAGUCAUUUCAUGUACCCUGUAAGUAGGAAAAUCCAUCUAAUUUCGGUAUAAAUGGCUUUUUAGAAAAGACAUUUACUUUAUUUAUGAGGUUUUAAAAUAAAAAUUCUAUUUUUAUCCAUUUCAAGGGUAUUUCUUUACAAGUAAAUUGAAUUUUAUGAUUAAUUUUCAUGCUGUAAUAUCUUACAACAAUUAAAAUUAUUUUAAUUUUUUUUAGAAUUAGUGCUUGUUUUGUGUCUGGCUGCUAAUCAAAUGCAUAUUAAAAUAAUUGUGUGGUGGUUACCACAUGCACACAUCAGUUUUUUUUUAAAGGUAUGAAGUUUACAAAUGUAGUCUUUGUUAAGUAAAAUGAUAUAUUGUAUAUUUUUACUCCUGAUCUUUCCUUGGUUGAUACUUAAAAAACAAAUUACAUACUUUGAAACAGUAGUGUAGGUAAUUUCUACAUGCUAUUUUGUAAUAUUACUGCAAACCUUGUACUAUUCAAAUAUUAUGUCUUGAAUUCUCUUUCAAGGUUUACAAUUUUCUUUUUCUCCCUCCUUUUUAUCCCUUUGCUUCUUUCCCUUUAUUCUCUAUUUUCUCUUUUUUCCUGUUUCUUUUUAAACCCUUUUCCUUUUCUCUAUUGGUAAUCAAGUGCAUUGUCUUCAGUAGAAAGCUUCUUGUACAUUUCUUAAAGUAUGGUUGAUUUCCUCUAGAAUCAACAGUAUUAUAAAAUGUUAGUAUAGUGAAAAUUUGAUUAUAAACAAAAUCCUUUAUUUAAUACACCUGAGAAAAUUUCAGUGUGUAUUCCCAAAGUGAUGGCAGUGACCUGAGUAAACUAUAACUGACUGUAAAGUUAUCCACAGCACCUACAUUUUUCUAUUGUUUUUUAGCAAAUGGAGAGUGAAAGUA